GCAGAAUCACGUCCAGGUCGCUGAGGGUCGUUCCCCGGCUCGUUUCCCGUGAAGGAAAACCGGUAACGUGAGGGCGAGACGCUCAGUCAGGUUUGUUCUCUUGUUUCCCCCUCUCGCGGCGCAAGCGGAGCCGGCAGCAGGCUGAUCCCAGAGCAGCUCCCGGUGGCGGCCGUGGCUCCAGAGCACCUCUCCUCGCCCCCCGUGAUGGCUGACCCGGGGUCAGUUCGGGACGGACGGCGCGGGCCCGACGGUCCGGCUGCGGCGGCCGCUUUUCUGCGACGGCGCCUCUCUCUUCUGUAAGAGACCGCUCGCGCUCCCGGGCCCAGGAUGACACGCUAGGAUUAAGCAGUACCAGCAGGGGGAGCCGCGUGCCUUACAAGGAUAACCGUUUAAAAUAAUACCAGCAGGGGGAGCUGUGUGCCUUACAAGGAUAACCGUUUUAGAUAAUACCAGCAGGGGGCGCUGUGGCAGACUCCAGAGUCCUCCAAACAUUUGAACUUUGAACUUCCUGUUUUUCUGGAGAGGCUGAGCGGGUCGUCGCGGCGGCGUCUGUCCUCCGGGCGCCCGCGGGCGGCUCGCCCGCGCCCUUUCCCAGAAUGACCGAGACCCCCGGCGGCAGGGACGCGGCGGCGGCGGCGGCCCCGCCCCCGACUCCUCCCACCCCUCAGAGGAACUGCUCCGAUUCGCUGGUGUGCGAGAGGCUGGGCCUGGCCGCCGACCGGGACCCGAAGGCGGCGGAGCACCGCUUCAUCCGCCGCAGCGUGGUCAGCGACUCCAACGCCACCGCCCUCGAGCUGCCCAGCCGGGCGCGCCUGCGCUCGCGCGCCGCCGACCCCGCCCCCCCGGCUCCGCCCCACGGGGGGGGAGCGGGAGACCCCGCCGCCGCCGCCGCCGUCGGCGAGGAGCGGAUCGCCGCGGCGCGCGACGAGCCCAAGGAGGGGCGGGAGCGGUGCUUCUCCGUCCCGCCCGGGUCGCUGACGGAGGCGGAGCCGGGGGCGGGGCCGGGGGCGGGGCCCGUGGAGGCGGAGCAAGGCGGAGGGCCGGAAAAGCAGGGGGGGGAGGAGGAGGAAGAGAAGGAGGCGGCCAAGGUGCGGGCGGAGAAGAAGGUCCAGGACGACAUCGAGGAGGCGGAGACCAAGGCCGUGGGCACCUCCCCCGAUGGGCGCUUCCUCAAAUUCGACAUCGAGAUUGGGCGGGGCGCCUUCAAGACCGUCUACAAGGGCCUGGACACGGAGACGACUGUCGAAGUGGCCUGGUGUGAGCUUCAGGACCGUAAGCUGAGCCGGUCGGAGAGGCAGCGCUUCAAGGAGGAGGCGGGCAUGCUGAAGGGCCUGCAGCACCCAAACAUCGUGCGCUUCUACGACUCCUGGGAGGGCCCGUCCCGGGGCAAGAAGUGCAUCGUCCUGGUGACCGAGCUCAUGACGUCCGGGACCCUCAAAACGUACCUGAAGCGCUUCAAGGUGAUGAAGAUCAAGGUCCUGCGCAGCUGGUGCCGGCAGAUCCUGAAGGGGCUGCACUUCCUGCACACGCGCGCCCCGCCCAUCAUCCACCGCGACCUCAAGUGCGACAACAUCUUCAUCACCGGCCCCACGGGCUCCGUCAAGAUCGGCGACCUGGGGCUGGCCACCCUCAAGAGCACGUCCUUCGCCAAGAGCGUCAUCGGUACCCCGGAGUUCAUGGCCCCGGAGAUGUACGAGGAGAAGUACGACGAGUCGGUGGACGUCUACGCCUUCGGCAUGUGCAUGCUGGAGAUGGCCACCUCCGAGUACCCGUACUCCGAGUGCCAGAACGCCGCGCAGAUCUACCGCCGGGUCACCAGCGGGGUGAAGCCCGCCAGCUUCGACAAGGUGGCCAUCCCCGAGGUGAAGGAAAUCAUAGAGGGCUGCAUCCGCCAGAACAAAGAGGAGAGGUACGCCAUUAAGGACCUGCUGAGCCACGCCUUCUUCCAGGAGGAGACGGGCGUGCGCGUGGAGCUGGCCGAGGAGGACGACGGCGAGAUGGUGGACAUCAAGCUGUGGCUGCGCAUGGAGGACGUCAAGAAGCUGAAGGGGAAGUACAAGGACAGCGAGGCCAUCGAGUUCUCCUUCCACCUGCAGCGGGACGUCCCCGAGGACGUGGCCCAGGAGAUGGUGGAUUCUGGGUACGUGUGCGAGGGGGACCACAAGACCGUGGCCAAGGCCAUAAAGGACCGCGUGUCCCUGAUCCGCCACAAGAGGGAGCAGCGGCAGCAGGUCCGCCUCGAGCAGGAGAAGAGGAGGCAGGAGGAGGAGGAGCAGCAGCGGGCUGCCCUCCCCGGACAGACGGAGCCUGGGGACCCCGAGGUGGAGCGGCAGAGGAGCAUGUCUCUGAGCUUGCACGGCGCGGUGGACAGCGGGCAGGGGAUGUCUGUUCUUUCCGAGAACGCUGGUCAGGCUCCACCUUCCAGCCAAAGCUCUUACUCUCCUAACACCUCCCAACACAUACAGGCCCCGCCUACUCAGCAGAGCCAGGCUCCGCCUUCUCAACAUAUCCAGGCCCUGCCUACUCAGCAGAGCCAGGCUCCGCCUUCUCAACACAGCCAAGCCCCGCCUACUCAGCAGAGCCAGGCUCCGCCUUCUCAACACAGCCAAGCCCCGCCUACUCAGCAGAGCCAGGCUCCGCCUACUCAGCAGAGCCAGGCUCCGCCUUCUCAACACAGCCAAGCCCCGCCUACUCAGCAGAGCCAGGUCCUGCCUACUCAGCAGAGCCAGGCCCCGCCUACUCCACACAGCCCAGCCCCGCCUACUCAACACAGCCAAGCUCCAUCUCAACAGGCCUGUUCGAGCGUUACCCAGGCUGGGGAGCCCACGCCGUCCUCUGCUGCAGACAGUGCGUCCCAGCGUUCCGAGGCGGCGUCGUCUUUGAGUGACGGGACGGAGGGGGCGUCGGCCGUGGGGCAGCCCGUCAGGAGGCCGCGGUCACGCUCCGUACGCAGUCGCUCUCUCUUCGAGAAGACCAAGGCCAAGCUCAACGUCCUGAACAUCUCCCACUUGGGCGACAGAGUCGCUGAAUGCCAGCUAGAGACACACAACUGGAAAAUGGUGACAUUUAAGUUUGACCUGGAUGGCGACAACCCAGAGGAGAUAGCACAGAUCAUGGUGGAGAGCGCCUUCAUCCUGGAGAGCGAGCGGGAGUCGUUCGUGGAGCAGGUGCGCGAGGUCAUCCAGAUGGCCAACAAGAGAGGGCUGAAGAGGGAGGGCGCGGCGGACGGCGGCGGUCAGGUGGGGAGCCGCGGUGAGCAGGACACACCUGUGACCCCUGGCCCUCGUCAGACAGGUGUGGCGUGCGUGGCGGAGGACGUGGCCACCCAGGUGGUGCACUCCGCCGGCCGCCGCUUCCUCGUCAGCCCGGUGCCCGAGUCGCGCCUCCGGAGCCCCUGCUACGGCCUCGCCGCCAAAAUCGCAGCAGCCCCAAUGAUGUCAUCACACCUGUCUGACUCUGCUCCCUCCAUCAGUCUGCAGUUCAGUGAGGAGGCGAAGCCUGGCACCACGCCCCUUGGGGGUACCGUCUCCCCCCCUCCCUUACCACAGGCACAGGCCCAGGCCCAGGCCCCAGAGGAGCGCCCUCCUCCUGCUCCUGCCUCUCACCCUCUCCCAGAGUCCUCCACUCCACCUUCUAAUGUGGUGGAGGGAGGAGCUCCUGCAGCCGAACCUUCCUCUGCCCCGUCUGAAGCUCCGCCUUUACUUCCUGACUGCCAGCCUGAUCCUGCCACGCCCCACAGUGUCACAGGCACAGCCUCGUCUGUGACUCCGCCCCCCGGCUCCAGCAGCGUGGGGGGCGGGACCGGCUCGGACUCCUCCCAGCCCCCGUCGUCAGUGGCCAACGCGUCUGCCACGGCGACGCAGGUACCCGCCCCCUCUCAGGGCGGGGAGGGGGAGGGUGACCAGCAAGGCAGAGUGCCAGGCAGGGAUGACAUUCAGUCCCUGGAGAAGAAGCUCCGUUCUCUGUUCAGCGAUUCGGGCCCCGCCCCGUCCGACACUGCCGGUGGCUCCGCCCCCACCCCCUCAAACCGCACCCCCCCGCUCCCCACCGCUUUAUCUCUGAGCUCCUCCAGUGCAACCCCCUCCUCCACCCCGGAGCAGGCCACGCCCACUGGCCAACCGCCCACCGUGGCUACCCAAGCCCCGGCCUCUGUGACCACUGUGCCCUCCGGUGGACAGACAGAGCUGCCUCUGGCUGCGGAUGGAGAACUGGGAGCGCCCCCUGCUGGUGCGGUCAGACUGGGACGGUUUCAGGUAUCCGUGGCAACGGAAGAGCCCCCAAGCCACGCCCAUCCCCCUGCCACUGACUUCGCCUCUUCCUCCCCGGACUCCUCCUCCCUGUGCAGCGACUCUUCCUCUUCGCGCACGCCCUCCUCUUCCUCCUCCACGGUCUCCAGCCCCGAGAACACGCUGCACGCCUGCUCGGCCCCGCCCAGGCCCCCCUCCCGCCUCCUCCUCCUCGCCGCCGCCCCGACCCCCGCCGUCGCCAACGGCGACGCCCGGGUGGGCCGCUUCUCCGUCAGCCGGGCCCGGGACUCCGCCCCCGGCCUCGGCCCCGCCCUCCCCCGCGCCAGCGGGGCCGUGCCCGUCCCCGGCCGUUCCCCCGGCAACGUCAGCAGCGACUGCGACUCCGGGUGCGAGGACGAGGGCUUCCGGAGGCAGGUCGACCACCUGUGGGAAAAGCACCUGCGGGAGAUCCAGUCCCUGCACGCCCGGCAGAAGGAGGAGAUCGAGGCCCUGUUCGUCCGGCUGGGCAGGACCCCGCCCACUCUCUCCUCCUCCCCCCUGGGGUCCGUGGUCAGCCACAGGAGGAGGCCGCCGAAGAGCAAGGGCGGCAAGCUGAACCGCAAGAGCCCCCUGCAGGCGGACCCCGUUUCAGCACAGGGCCCCCACCCGGGGGGACCCCUGGACCUGCCCCACCCCUCUACAGAGGGCCUGUGUGCUACUGCAGCCAGCCUGCCAGCUACUGGGACUGUGUCGAGCUCUGCCGGCACAGCGAGCGACGCAGGCCAGAACCAGAACCUGAACCAGAACCAGACCCGCUCCAGAACGGGAACCUUCACCGACGACCUGCAUCUGCUGGUGGACAACUGGGCCCGGGACGCCAUCAGCCAAUCGCAGGGCAGGGGGCGGGGCUCCCGGCAGCCCCCGCACCCGCUGCCGAGCGCGCAAGGCCACGCCCGCGACGUCUCCGCUUUGGCCAGCGGGGGGCACAAGUUCUCCGCCCCCGGGCAGCCGCCCUCAAGUAAGGGAGCCUCCCACGGUGGCCACGCCCCCUCCGCGUCGUUCGGGGCCCGCGGGGGGUCCCUGUGCCCCCCCGCGGCGCAGUACGGGUACCACUCCACCCCUUACGCCGCCCAGUGGACCGGACACGCCCACGCCGUCCCGCCGGCCCCGCCCUCGAACGCCGGCCCCCUGCCGGGCCCCGGCGCCAACCCUCCGCACAAGCCCCCCGGCAACCAGGGACCCAACCUCCGGCCCACGUAGCAACAGACCCCGCCCCUCUCCACUGCCCGCGCUCCACAGGGGCUGGAUUCAGAAAGCACACACACACUUGACUAUUUACACAAUAAAACAUAUUUAUAUAUUAAAUAUAUUUUAUAGUUGUGACAACACUUAUGAAAAUGCCUGAAUGCAGAAAGAAUGUUCUGUACAGACGUGUAUUUACCCAUCAUUUUAUGAUGUGGAAAUUCUUGGUAAAUUAAUGUUGACGGACAUCAUUCGUUAAAUAAUGGAACUUGACAAACGGAACUUGAUGUACUUAAAUAACUGUAAUUUCUAUGGUAAGCUCUAUUUCUUUAUUCCCGGAUGGACUGAAUACAGUUCUGUGUUUUUCUAUUUGUUUAUCUAUUUGAAUGUUAAAGUUUCACAUUAUUUUUCUUUUUAAACCUAAACCAGUCAGCAAAAUUAUUCAUCAAAAUCAACUUGUGCUUGUUGAUUUCAGGUUCAUCUUCCAUUUUUUUUCAUUGACCUCAAUUUGCAAGUCUAAUUUGCAAGUCUUUGAGUCCUGGAGACCCGCAGCAAAAUUUUAAAUAUAUGUUUAUAUUUUAAAUAAAUAUUGAACAAAUCCAUAUUGAAUAAAUGACAUUGUAGCCUUUCAGAUUAAAUAAACCUUUUCUGGGGUACACACA